AUGAUCCAUCGUUCCCCCACAGACAAUGACCUGCAAGGCACGGACGGCUCGGGGAGUCUUGGGGGCCCUGAUGUCCGCAGACGCAUCCCCAUCAAACUCAUCUCCAAACCGACCAUCAGGAGCAAACCUGCUCCCCGGACACAAAGACCCAUGGGCAGGCUGCCCUCCAAACCCCAGGCUGGGGAUGAAGGUUAGCCAUCCACAAGUGCUUUCUUAUCUCCUUGUUUUAAUUCCCAAGGGCUAGGAUUGGGAUAGGGAAGCCUGUUGCUAGGUCAUAGAAGCAAGCUUUCAUAUGGGACUACUGUAAGGCAACAUAUCUGUGUUUCUAGAGAGUUUUAGCUUCAAGCAAGAGGAGAGGUUCGACUGUGGUACCAAGGCUGGGGAUGUUUUUGCAAGUCAACGGAGGUUCCCCCAGCAAAUGUUUUGGGACUUUAAGGUAGUGUUUUAAUUUCUAUCUUUGGGAGAAAAAAAUGCAUUCCUUCUACAUCAUUACUGUGUCAUUGACCUCUUGGUCUUUUCCCCACAGUUGAAUUUGAUAGGUGAAAAGGAUGACAUUCCAGCUCACUUUUGUGACAAGUGUGGUCUGCCCAUAAGGAUCUAUGGACGCAUGGUAUGUCUCUUCGAUCAAGUUUUUCAUAGUGUGUUAUGUGUCUCUUAAAAACGUUUUAUAGUAAAAGGCUAUGAGUGCAGCAGCAUAUAAUGUUAUUAUCUGUAUGAACUCCCCAGAUUCCAUGCAAACAUGUGUUCUGCUAUGAGUGUGCAUUGCUCCACGAGAAGAAGGGAGACAAGAUGUGCCCAGGGUAAGCUCUUGACAUUUAUUUUUAUUUUUAACCUAUCCACUAGUGCAGUGGUUCUCAACUGGUUUUGCCAAAUUGAACCAGGUUGUCUCAGUCGGUACCCAACAUUCGUCUCGUGAAACAAAAAUAGCCAAAAUACAAUCUAGAAAAAUAUUUUGAAUGCUAUAUUGAUUGUAAAGGUAGCAAAUUAUAUGACGAGGGAAAAACAUUCCCACAUUUUUCAUUGUCAAUAUUUAAAAUGUUCCCAUAUUCUUGAUGAAGAAUAUUAAUAAGCUCACUGGUUUGAGACCACAAAAUCAACCAAAUCCGCUUAAUAGCUCUGCUAAUAGCUCUAUAAAAAAUACUUUGAUUGAACAAAAAAAAAGAUUAAAUUAUAAAAAAUAAAUAAUUGUAGAAUCAUUAUAAUUUCUACACACUUUCUACCUGGUUGUAGUUGUUUAAGUUCAGACUGGAGUAAAAUCAUUUUUUAACUCAGACAGCCGCAUUUAGUGACCUUACGUUUGAUUCCGGGGCAUGCGUCAAAAUCGCUAAGCAGUUUGCCUCAACAGUGUACCGAGGCUUGUAUCACUUUAUCAGAAGGAAGUGAUCAAUGACGUCCGAAGCUUCGUUUUGUCGAACAACCACCUGAUUGGUUUGGUAUUGGUUUCGGUAGAAGACAAGGCGUGAAGGCAUGUGUGAUGCCAUCUAUAACAAUUUGGCUGUUCUAAAUUCUUUUGACCAUUACGUGCCACUAGUGUACUCUGUGUUGAUCGAAUCCUUGCGUAAUGAACCUAUUUUCUCCACAACUGUCUGGAAAUGCUCAAUGCUUCAGGAAUUUUUGUUUCCCCAUUACUACCCACGACCCAUUCAAAACUUCCCACCAGUUGAGAAUCGCUGCACUAGUGUAUUCAACUGUCCAUAUACUAUCUGUAUGUGUGGUUGCUGACUGCACUUACUAACUAAACCUUUGUUAUGUUCAGUAUGCAGCUCUUCAGCUGCACAGACCUGGUCCAGCGCAUCGAACAGUGUCUGCGGGGCUCCCUGUACAUGUGCAGCAUCGUGCAGGGCUGCAAGCGCACCUACCUUUCCCAGCGUGACCUGCAGGCCCACAUCAACCACCGCCACAUGAGGGCAGCUAAGGCCUUGGCAAGCCGCCAGGAUGCCCUGCACCUUCCCACAUCCUCAGAUGUGCCUGACCGCUUCCGCGUGCCCCCGCCUCACCUGCCCAAGACCCAAGGGCACCUCCCACCCCCCCUCCAACACGGUGGUCAUGACCCCUACGGUCAGCCACCACCGGCUUCCCAUGAUGCGCCUCCUCUUGCCCAGGAGACCUUCCGCAUCGCCACGGUAACUACACGCGCACGCAGCAACCUCAUCACCGUGCCCAUCCAGGAUGACUCCGGUUCUUCCUCCACAUCUUCCUCCCGUGACCCUCUCCCUCCCGGCCCGGGCCCUGCUCCACCCCCACACCACCAUCCUGGGGACUACGCUGGUCAGCCUGUAGUGUCCCACCCCCACCACAUGAUGGCGCCACCGCAACAGCACUACGGCCCCCCUCCUCCUCCCCCUCCACCCAUCAACCACCCCAUGCAGCACCCGCCCCAGGGCUCUGGGACACCUCACAUGGUGUACAACCAGGCAGGCCCUCCCCCGCCUAUGUCCAACGCACCCCCUCCCAUUACCCCCCCGCCAGGACACAUCAUGGGUCAGAUGCCCCCCUACAUGAACCACCCUCCUCCAGGCCCCCCACCUCAACAUGGUGGUCCUCCAGUCAACGCCCCCCCUCCCCACCACUACAACCCUAACACCAUGCAGCAGUUCCCUGAGGAUCAGGGCACACUCAGUCCCCCUUUUAACCAGCAAGGGGGUCUGAGCCCUGGGAUGUGGCCUGCCCCUAGAGGGCCUCCUCCUCCACGGAUGCAGGGCCCCCCACCUCAGGGCCAGAUGCCUGGACCCCAUCACCCCGAUCAGUCCCGCUACCGCCCUUAUUAUCAGUAA